AUAACGUGACACUUUGACUGUAUUAAGGCAGGGGUGGCGCAAAGGAUAGGUUGCUAGACUCCACAUUCAAAGAAAAAAUCAUACCCUAAGAUUUUUUAUCAACAUGGUGGAUGUAACCGAAACACCAUCAUCAAUUGUGUCUUUAUCAUUAUGGGCAGUAAAGUUUGUUGAAUAUGUGGAGUUCCAUUUAAAGGUGCCUUUCUACCAUAUUAUACUUGAAGUACUGUUAUUUGUUUGGAUUGUUAGAUUACUCACACGAAAAAGCUACAUCCCUAAAGAGUCUAGACUAGAACUAACAAAAGAGGAAGAAGAUAAAAUUAUUGCAGAGUGGGAGCCUCAGCCUCUUGUUCCAAAAGAUUUGAUUAUUCCUGAGUAUGUUCAGAAUCCGAAGCUUAUUUCCGGAAAGCCUGCUUACCGCAUUAUUGUCGAUGGAAAAGACUGUUUGAAUUUAAGUUCUAUGAAUUUUCUUGGAUUUGUUGGGAAUAAUGAGAUUGAAGAUUCAUCCAUUGCUGCUCUUCAUAAGUAUGGUGUAGGCACCUGCGGUCCUCGAGGAUUUUAUGGAACAAUAGAUGUGCAUCUAAAUUUGGAAAAGAAAAUCGCUGAUUUUCUAGAAACAGAGGAAGCCAUUUUGUAUUCAUAUGGUUUUUCAACAGUUUCAAGUGCAAUCCCAGCUUAUUCUAAAAGAACAGAUGUUAUAUUUUGUGACAAAGGAGUUAGUUUUGCUAUACAAAAAGGAAUAGUUGCAUCCAGAAGUCGUGUUUACUGGUUUGACCACAAUGAUAUGGAAGACCUUGAACGCAAACUGAAGGAACAGCAUGAAAAAGAUAUUAAGAAUCCAAAAAAAGCUGCUGUAACAAGACGAUUUUUGGUUGUUGAAGGAAUAUAUGCAAAUUAUGGCGACAUAGUUCCUCUACCAAAAUUAAUAGAACUCAAAAACAAGUACAAAGUAAGAGUUUUUAUUGAUGAAUCAUUUUCGUUUGGUGUUUUGGGAGCACGUGGUAAAGGUGUUACUGAUCAUUUUAAUAUACCUUUGUCCGAAAUUGAUUUAGUUACAGUAUCAUUAGAAACAUCGUUAGGUUCAGUUGGUGGUUUUUGCGCUGGUUCAUCAUUUGUUGUUGAUCACCAGCGUUUAUCUGGGCAAGGGUAUUGUUUCUCAGCUUCAUUACCACCGUUAUUAGCAGUGGCAGCAGAAACUGGGUUAACAAUCAUGGAGAAAAACCCUGCUAUGUUUUCUAUAUUGCGUGAAAAUUCUCAGAGAUUCAGACAAGAGCUCCAAGGGUUACACGGUCUCAAAAUAGAAGGCGAAGAUUUCUCACCAGUUAUACAUUUGCGUUUGAUUGAGGAUUCCAGCAAGAGACUGACUAACAAUGAGAAAGAAGAAAAACUUGAAGCUAUCGUUCAACUGUGUUUACAAAAGAAUGUAUCAAUAACUGUGGCACGUUAUUUAAAAGAUAUGGAGCUUUUUCAACCUGAACCAAGUAUUCGUAUUUGCAUUAAUUCGAAAUUAUCUGAAGAAGAUAUUAUAUCCAGUGCUACAAUCAUAAAAGAAGCUGCUGUUUAUUUACUGUAAAAUUAAUAUUAAAUAAUUUAUUCAUGGCUAUAGGUUUUUAUAAUAUAAAGGAGUCAUUUAUAUUAUAACGAUGUCAUUUAAAAUAAAACAAUAUUAGU